AUGGGGACACUUGUUCUGCGGUACCUCCUCUUCCUCUUCCCGAUGUUGCUGCCUCCCCGUGAAGCCUCAGCAGGCAGCCUGCACAAUCCAGUGAGCAUCCAGACUUCUCCAAGAUCCCAUGGUUGCCGGGCAGGCUUGUCCGAAUGCUUCCAGGUGAAUGGCGCUGAUUACCGCGGCCACCAGAACUACACCGGCCCGCGAGGGGCUGGACGCCCUUGUCUUUUCUGGGACCAGACACAGCAGCACAGCUACAGCAGCGCCAGCGACCCUCAGGGCCGCUGGGGGCUGGGCGCGCACAACUUCUGCAGGAACCCAGAUGGGGAUGUGCAGCCGUGGUGCUAUGUGCCAGAGACAGAAGAGGGCAUCUACUGGCGUUAUUGUGACAUCCCCACGUGUCACAUGCCUGGGUACCUGGGCUGCUUCAUGGACUCUGGGGCACCCCCUGCUCUCAGUGGUCCCAGUGGCACCUCCACAAAGCUCACAGUCCAGGUGUGCCUUCGAUUUUGCCGCAUGAAGGGCUACCAGCUGGCUGGCGUGGAGGCUGGUUAUGCCUGCUUCUGUGGCUCUGAAAGCGACCUGGCCCGGGGACGUCCAGCCCCUGCCACCGACUGUGACCAGAUCUGUUUUGGCCACCCAGGCCAGCUGUGUGGAGGCGAUGGGAGACUGGGCAUCUAUGAAGUGUCCGUAGGCUCAUGCCAGGGAAACUGGACAGCGUCUCCAGGUGUCAUCUAUUCCCCGGAUUUCCCGGAUGAGUAUGGGCCAGACCGGAACUGCAGCUGGGUUCUGGGCCAAAUGGGUGCUGUGCUAGAGCUCACCUUCCGCCUCUUUGAGUUGGCCGAUUCCCGAGACCGGCUGGAGCUACGCGAUGCCUCGUCAGGCAACCUGCUCCAGGCCUUCGACGGCGCCCACCCGCCACCGCCUGGGCCUCUGCGCCUGCGCACUGCUGCACUAUUGCUCACCUUCCGCAGCGACGCUCGAGGCCACGCUCAAGGCUUCGCACUCACCUACCGCGGGUUGCAGGACACAGUGGUGGACAGUGCAUCUCCUAAGGAUUCCGCUGAGACUCCUGCAGGAGACCCAGAUGGUGCCAACGUGAGCUGCAGCCCUAAGCCCGGAGCUGCACAGGCUUCCAUAGGGGCCCGAGUCUUCUCCACCGUGAUGGCUAUCUCCGUGCUGCUGCUGCUGCUCCUGUCGCUGCUGCGUUUGCUGCGUCGACGGAGCUGUCUGCUGGCUCCAGGAAAAGGGUCUCUGGCCUUGGGACCUUCCCGGGGCCCCAGGAGAAGCUGGGCUGUGUGGUAUCGCCGGCCCCGAGUGGUGGCCCUGCCCUGUCCCCCAGGGGACUCUCAGGCUGAGGGCUACCGGCCCCUGAGUGCCUCCAGCCAGAGCUCCUUGCGUUCGCUCAUCUCUGCUCUCUGACCCCAGAUGUCCGGGGUCCAUCACAACUUCUGCCAGCAAGAUGGACACCUGAGAUAUUAUGCAGCACCCUACCUCUUCCUUGUGCUCCUUUAAAGGCA